GGAGGAGGCGGUGGCGGAGCCCGGCCCAGCCCAGCCCAGCCCAGCCCAGCCCCGGGCAGCCCCGGCCGCGCUCCGGGGCCGCUGCUGGCGGCGCUCCGCUGCCGGCGCCAUGCGGAGGAGGAGGGCGGCGGCGCUGCUGGAGCUGAGCGCGGCGUUAAGCACGGUCGCUUUGGGUUGAGGCAAAAUAUAGCAGAGCGCUACCUGACGCCUCUGUCAGAUGGCAAAAAUUAAGGCCGAGGAGGAAAAGCAGAAAUGCUUGGAAAUAAGGAACUCGGAAACCCUGUCAUAUUCUUCUGCGUAAGGUUGCAGAAGGAAAAACGUCGCUCCUCUGUGCAAACCUAGGGCUAGCGGGAAAGUGAAUUGUGCUAACCUAAACCAAGUAUUCCAGAGCCCUUGAAAUUUCAAAUCAACUGGCUGUGAAUCAUUUCGGCACUUGGAAGGGUAUCCAGUGGCUUGGUGCUGAGGCAGCGCUUUGGGAACACGGCCGAAGCAGAGCUCCCACUCUCGACAUGGAAUGCAGUUUAUAAUGCGGGAUGCCUGUCUCUGCUUUCCCGUUGGAUUUUAACUGUGGGAGUUGAUACAUCUCAGCAACUGCAGUCUUUCUUUAGCAAUUUAGCUAGCGACAAAGUAAAGCAAUGAGGAGAUUUGUUUACUGCAAGGUGGUUCUAGCCACUUCUCUCAUGUGGGUACUUGUGGACGUCUUUUUGCUUUUAUACUUCAGUGAAUGUAAUAAAUGUGAUGACAAGAAAGAGAGGUCUCUGCUGCCUGCUCUGAGGGCUGUUAUCUCUCGAAACCAAGAAGGACCAGGAGAGAUGGGAAAGGCUGUGCUCAUUCCUAAAGAUGACCAGGAGAAAAUGAAGGAGCUGUUUAAAAUCAACCAGUUCAACCUUAUGGCCAGUGACUUGAUUGCUCUAAACAGAAGUUUGCCCGAUGUGAGACUAGACGGGUGCAAGACAAAAGUCUACCCUGACGAGCUCCCGAACACAAGCGUAGUCAUCGUGUUCCACAACGAAGCCUGGAGCACUUUGCUUCGGACGGUGUACAGCGUUAUAAACCGCUCGCCUCAUCACCUGCUUGCUGAAAUCAUCCUGGUCGAUGAUGCCAGCGAGAGAGAAUUUUUGAAGACCUCACUAGAGAAUUACGUGAAAAAGCUGGAAGUCUCCAUAAAAAUCAUUCGGAUGGAGCAGAGGUCAGGACUGAUCCGCGCACGGCUGCGGGGGGCAGCAGCCUCCACGGGGCAGGUGAUAACCUUCCUGGACGCGCACUGCGAGUGCACCCUGGGCUGGCUCGAGCCGCUGCUGGCCAGGAUAAAGGAGGACAGGAAAACUGUUGUGUGCCCAAUCAUCGAUGUGAUCAGCGAUGACACAUUUGAGUACAUGGCUGGGUCGGACAUGACUUACGGGGGAUUUAACUGGAAACUCAAUUUCCGCUGGUAUCCAGUUCCCCAGAGAGAGAUGGACAGGAGGAAAGGGGACAGGACCUUGCCUGUAAGGACCCCUACUAUGGCUGGUGGCCUAUUUUCUAUUGACAGAAACUACUUUGAAGAGAUAGGAACUUACGAUGCAGGAAUGGAUAUCUGGGGUGGCGAGAAUCUUGAAAUGUCUUUUAGGAUUUGGCAGUGUGGUGGCUCCCUCGAGAUCGUCACCUGCUCGCAUGUUGGCCACGUUUUCCGCAAAGCAACACCUUACACCUUCCCUGGUGGCACGGGGCACGUCAUCAACAAGAACAACAGGCGCCUGGCAGAGGUCUGGAUGGAUGAGUUCAAAGAUUUCUUCUAUAUAAUAUCCCCAGGUGUUGUUAAGGUGGAUUAUGGCGAUGUGUCGGUCAGAAAAGCGCUGAGAGAAAACCUGAAGUGUAAACCCUUUUCGUGGUACUUGGAAAACAUCUACCCCGACUCGCAGAUCCCGAGGCGCUAUUACUCUCUCGGCGAGAUCAGGAAUGUUGACACCAACCAGUGCUUAGACAACAUGGGCCGCAAGGAAAAUGAGAAAGUGGGCAUCUUCAACUGCCAUGGCAUGGGAGGCAAUCAGGUAUUUUCCUACACGGCUGACAAGGAGAUUCGCACGGACGACUUGUGCUUGGACGUGUCGCGGCUGAACGGCCCGGUCACCAUGCUCAAGUGCCACCACAUGCGGGGGAACCAGCUCUGGGAGUACGACGCCGAGAAGCUCACCCUGAGGCACGUCAACAGCAACCAGUGUCUGGACGAGCCGUCGGAGGAGGACAAGAUGGUGCCCACCAUGCGGGAGUGCGCUGGGAGCCGAUCCCAGCAGUGGCUGCUGCGCAACAUGACCCUGGGCGCCUGAGCGGCCCGCCAGGGCUCUCCUCCUCCCCUCCUCCUGGCCAGAACAGAGGCCCCGGGUGGGCUUCCCUGGGGGCGGCCGGCCUCCACGUGCCCCUUUGGAACCCGUGACUGUUCGAAAGAAGCACGUGGGAGCCUGUGAGUGGCGGGACUUGUGGAGUUCUCGGCGCAAGCGCGCUCAGAAAUGUUUCGAGGGAAGCCUUGAUGAACCUUUGUCAAAGAGGUGGGGAGGGAGGGUGUUUCCUGUGCGUGUCGGACACCGUGGCACAGUGUAAAAUGCCUUACGAAGCUCACUGGCACUGGGAAGGAUUCUGUCAGAGGCUUUAUGGACUCUGUGUUUGGGCACUGGGCUGGGUUUGGUGUUCAGAGCUCGGUGGAGCGCUGCUCUGGAAGGGCGGCAGGGUCACCGUGCAGAGUGAGUGUUUGGUGCCUGGAAAACGUGGAAUCCCAGGCACACAGUGAGUGGAAAAGCAGCAAAACUGAGCAAAGAGCGCAUCCAGAAACUGAAAUUAAGUGAAACAACGGAAGAGACAUUGGAACAAUGCUAAGGAGGAGUGAUGUGACUUGGUAACUCUGCUCGGUGCAAACUGAGAUCGCCGCAGUGGGACCACAAAUGGCUGGGGCCCCACCUGGGAAGCUUCAGGGGGCUCUGCUGCCUCAGUGGCGGUACCAAAAACUGGCUCUCUGAGAGAAAAAAAAAGAGGUGUUUGGCUGAAACCUGCCUGCAGCUGCUACCUUCGAGCAUUACGUACCUGCAUCCCGUGUGAAACACCCCAGAGCGCUCAGCCGGGGACCCCAAGCCCAGCGGGCAGGACUGUGGGCUGGGUCCCAGCUCUGGCUCCAACAGAGAUGGCAGAUGCUUAUUUAUAUUUUUUAAAAAAUUGUGGCUUAAUCCUUUUGUUUCAUUAGCGUGGUUAUUAAGAACAUGCUGGUGACACGCAGCCGUGUUGGAGCACCACAGGAGCUGAUGCCAGCCCGUGGGCAGGUAUGGGGAAGUGUCCCCUCGCCUUGGUGGUGGGUCUGUUGGCCAUGGCAGCAGAGAUUUAGAUCGUUAUGGAUUAAUGUUCUCAUAUGUAGGUAAUACAAAUUCAUGGGGCAUCCAUACUUUCUUGAUACCUGUCAUUAAAUGAAAAUUUGAAGCCUAUUGAACUUGAAAAGUGAUUGCUGUGCAUGCACGGGAGCUCACAGGCCAACUCAGAUGGGAGGCUGAUCCCAGCCAGCCUCCCUGCUCAGAGCAGGGUCAAGCACCUCCAAUUCCCAUCUUAAAAUCCCCCCCCCCCAGAUACACAACAGGGCUUAAAAGCUAGCAAAGCAGAAGAAUAUAAUCUUGCUUCAUAGGAAGAGCACCACAAACAAAUGUAAACACCGACCUCCGUGCAGAAGUUUGCUUUAAAUUUCCAUCUCCAUCCCCUUCCAAAGGGCUGUUACCAGGCGUGCAGCCACUGGGGCUGGCAGAGGAUAUACCCAGCCCCGGGGCUUUUCCUUGCCAUUGCAGAAGCAAGAGUUGUGGGAGGUCCUGCAGCACCCAGGAGCAUUAGGGAGCGCACUCGGUGGUGCAGGCUCUGCUCCCCCAGCUGCACAUGGCCACAGCCACGAAGCCUCUGGCACUGCCACUGUUGGGUCUGGAGCUUUUGGAAGGCAGUGAGAGGUGCAGCCAGUCUGCAGCUGCCUAGGCUGGGGGUGCAACCCAAAAACAGUUGAAGAAAAGAGUAUUUUUCUCCUUAGAAUUACUACAAAGGCUGAUGCAGAGUGUGUACGCCCUUGGCCAAGUGCAUUUACUUUGUUAGCCUGAGUGCAGCCGGCGUAUCCGUGGAUCUGUGGCUGGACUGCCGUGCACUGGCUGGAGAAAAGUAGAAGGGAAAUAUGGAUUUGUUCUAUCUGAGCAGCUUGUGAGCAAGUACCCCCGCUCCUGAGAAUCCCAGCGGUGCUGCUGCAAGCCUUCAGCACGCUGGCAGGGUGGCCACCGUCUGGCAUUACGCUCAGACCUAGGAGAAAAAAGCACCAAAGCACCUCUUAAUUCAGUCACGGCGAGUAUUUCCAUCGGCUUCGAGGGAUUGAAUCCUGGAUCUACCUCCUUUGUGCGAAUGCAGAAGCCCUGGAAGCCCUUCCAGGAGAGCGUCCUGUACAGCUUGUUGUGCAGAACGAGGUGGUGGUGGUGUGCGGCACCUUAAAUGCUGAUACAGCGCCAGGGAUGACAAAUUACAUGAUUUACUGAAUGAAUGUAAGUUACUGAGCACUUGGACCCAGUCCUUCCUCCAACCACUAAAUUCCUGCAUUAUCUUGGCAAAAAAAUUGGCUAAAAUCAUUUGAAGUUGCUCCUUUGGUUGCCUCGCAGUGUCUGAGGUGCAAAGGGAAGCAUUCAGAGCCACAAACCAUGUCUGAAAAGCACUGAUCUGUGUUUGGUUCCCCACUUAUAAAAUGUCUCAGAAAGGCGUUGGGAGGGCUGGUUGCUAUUUGCACAAAGUGUUUGAAAUGAAGAGAACUCUCCAGAUACUAAAUGUGAUUAUUUAUUGUUUUCACUGGAAAAAAUGCUUCUGGUUCUUGUUUCUUUUGAGAAUUGCUUUGAUGAAACGAGCCAGCCGCAAUGCAAGGUGGCAUCAGCAAGGGGAACGUUUAGAAGAGCAAGGUGAGCCAUAAGCACUGUGGACAGCACUAGUUUUGUUUGUGUCCCAGUGCCAGAGGUAGGAGAAACCAGGGACAGCCGAGAGCUGAAACAGCGAGGCGUUUGGGGCAGUCACGGGUGAGUUUCCUGCAAACACGUAUUUCCCAGGCACAAGAAGGAUUUAUUUCUUCCUUACACUCUAAUAGGAAGAGUGCUUUGAAGAAAAACUGUGUACUUGGAUGUCGAGUGGUAUGUUCUGAUUUUUUUAUUUGCACCUUCUGGCUGCAUCUCCCGUGGGUGCUGGGCAGAGCCUCCCCCAGGCAGCUCUGUCUGGGUUCUGCUCAGAGCUGAACUCUGCCCAGUUUGCCCAUUUUGAACAGUCUGGGAGCCAAAAAGGAGCUCACGAGCACUGCUGAACACCAUGACAUGCUGUGCUGUGCUGUGCCAGCUUGCUGGAGACCUGCUCUGCCACGAGGGCUCUGGGGUUGUCCCCACAACCCCAAGCCCCCGGUGCCGUCCCCGCAGGACACGCUGCACCCCCAAAGUGUGUCUGGUUUGCUGCCAGCACGAGCUGCCGCCGGGUCUGCUGGUGUCGGAUGGACACUGCAGUGUUUUUUUCACUCGCUUGCGUGGCUUCCGUGCCACUGCUGCUUUCCCAACGUUUGGUAACAACUCCAGCACCACCGCUCCGGUACGUUGUCACCCCCAUUUAUUCUUUUCCCCCAAGAGCAAGCACUCGGGCCAGCUUGGCCGGGGGUCCCCUGGAAGACCUGAGGCACGCGGUCACCUGAGGAAGGUGGGGAUCGUGCCGGGCGUUCGGUCAAGAGAGAAGACCGAGGGACAGGGGGCGGCUUUGGGGACCUGCUUGCGAGUGCUCCUGAUGAAGUGCUAGGAACAUAAAAUUUAAAUUUGUAAAAGUAGAUUGUGGAUAAAUAAUUGCACAUUUUAAAUGUUGUAACGGUUAUUCAAUGGUCUACUGGUACUCUUUGCUGUACAUUUCAAUAUUUAUACAUUUUUGUAGAAUUAAAAUAUCCUGGUUUAGUUUU